AUGAUUGGCUGACUUGACCUGUUAUCAAAAUAAUAAGAAAUUGUUCUCUUUUAUAAUGAAAUAAAUUAGGUUGGAAAACUAUUUAGGAACAAGUAUAUGACCAACAGUAUCUGUGAAUGUUUAUUAUGAUUUCUCAGUUCAAUCGUAUCUCCUUUUGCUUUGAACGGUUACCUUUUAACAAGGAGCAACUGCAAUGCAAAUAUACUGCUUUUCAAGUUUAGGUUCUUACUUAUUGUUUUUGAAUGACGUGUAAAUGUUUCCGACGGUAGAAACUGAAGAAAACAUUGUUCAAAUAGCACCGCAGAGUAACACAUCUAGUCCAUCCAAACAUGCCCAAAGACCAGAAAGUUCUGAAGGGUCCAAACAGCAUAAUAAAGAAUCAGUCACAAUGUUGAUUAAAGAAAUGGUAUUUUUCGCCGCUUUAGCGUUAACGACAUAUGGUGCUCUUCAUAAUUCGCCUUCUAAGAUGUCAAAGCAUCCUAAAGCUACAAAGUUCUUCAGUUCGGAUUCACUAGUAAUAGAUUGGCAUAAAGGGCAGCUAACUAAUGCCCACGCCACUAUUAACAAUGUUGAUUUGUCCUUUGUCAUGUACUAUGCUCCUUGGGAUGCAGAGUCUCAGUAUGUUAGAGGACAAUUUGAAGAGGCUGCAGUGGUAUUAAAUGAUCGCGUGCACUUCUCAGCUAUCAACUGUUGGAAUCCGGGGAGCGAAUGUAGGCUCCAGCACAACAAAAUUCCUUCGUGGCCAAUUCUGAUUGCUUACACUAGUACUUCACGAGGUGUUCUGUAUAAAGGUCCAAGAGAUGCUCAUAGUAUGGUUAGAUUCCUGGAAUUAGUAAUGAAACCUUUAGAAAGGAUCUCAACUACUGAAGAUCUUGUUCAACUGUUGUCUAUCUGUGAUGCUGUAGCUGUAGGAUAUACGCCAAUAACUGAUACCUCGCGCUACUACAACACUUGGUACCACGUCGCCGUCAAAAUACGCGAGUUUGACUUUAUUGGCGAAGUCUGCUUCGGUGUUGUGACGUCGGAGGACCUGGCUGUUGAUCUCGGAGUCAACAGUGUGCCAAGUGCCAGGCUGAUGUUAUGGAACGAUACAAAGGAAUAUGUACUAGACGAGAGUGAAAACACAUGGAACGAGUCUUCCCUAAUCAACUGGGUUUUAGAGAACUUCUCGCAACCCGCCGGGAGAAUCGUGCCUAUGUGGAGGAAAGCCUUCACCUUCGAGAGAUACGUGGACGGCAGCCCGCUACUAAUACUCUUUACCCCACUUAAUCCCUUAUAUGAACAACUGCCAUCUUAUUCGUUGCUAAGGGAAGUAGCAAUGGAAUAUUAUAACUGCAAACACAACGAAACUCUGAACUGGACCUCCGAGCUUAUAAAACUCCAACAAGUCCAACGCCUCAUGUACCAGCAAAAGGACUUCCUCAAAUACUGCGAAAACUACAAAUUCAAACAGCCUAUAAGAAAAACUAAUCCCUUAUACAGGAAAGAAGUUGUAUCUCACAACAAUAAGUAUCCUUGGAAUAACAACACACAACAGCAGAAAAACCAGAAAGGAGGAAUGUUCAGCUAUUUGUUUAAAGGAGGUUUUGAUAUAUCAAAAGUAGUGGGCAGUGAUGAGAAGUCUUACCUUAUGUCUACGCUAGGCUUGGUAGAGGAAUGUUCGGCGCCCGUGAUGCCGGCGGAAAAGAGUUUCUAUGAUAAUUAUGAGCAGUGCCGGUUUACGGAAAACGAGAAGCUGGAUAAUGAACCCUUAUUGGAAGAGGAAGAAUUGAGAACCACAAUGUUGCCGUUCGAAGACGACCCGCUUUCCCCCGAAAACCUCAUUCAAGAUAACGUUCAACAUUUCUGUAAACUCAUGAGAUUCGCCAACACGUGGGGAUCACCGGUGUACCCGCAGCGCGCCACCACCAAUGUGUCGCACAUACACGGUCUCGCGUGUGCUCAGAACACUAGUCUGAACAUGUUGGCGGUUGACAGCGUGAGGAACCAUCACUUUGCGGAGUUUCUUGGCAUAGACAUAACUAGCAAGAAGGAUAAAACGGCGGUUGUCAUAUUGGAUAGCAAGCACGAAAGCCAGUACCUGUUGUCAGAAGAAUACUCAGCCAAAUCCCUAAGAGAUUUCAUCCACAACUUCACCUACAAGAGCUUGAAGCGUUCGCUCCGCACGUUGGUCGACGACGCGGACCGCACGCAUUACUUCGGGUCGGAUGGCGAAGUGGCACAGAUGGGCAUAGACGAGCAUACUGUGCAUGUGUUGGAGCUUACUACGCGUAGUUUUAGGCGACUUGUGAGGAAACCACAGAUGUUAACGAUAGUGUCGGUGUGCGGCGGGCUGUGCGGCGCGGCGACGACGCGCGCGGCGCUGGAGGCGGCGCGGCUGCUGGCGGCGUGCGGCGUGCCGGCGCGGGCGGCGCGGCUCGACGCGCUGCGGCACGACCUGCCCUGGCACUACACCGCCGUCACAUACCCCUCCAUCUUCGUGUUCUCCCCGCACAGCGAGGAAGGUGAGAUGCGGUACCCGCCGACGGCGCGCGUGUCUGGUAGCGGGCUGCUGGCGUUAGCGCUGCGUGGCUUGCGUGCGCCGCAGCGCAUGCGCGUACGACUUGCACUCUGCGCAAGACAUCAGUCGACUAAAGAAAAGAAGACUUGCCUGAGAGAUAUAAGAGAACACAUCACUACAGUUAUCGGCAGAAACCUAAAAUAUUGGCGUAGGACCGAAAACAGAGAGCUCAAAGACGCACUCUUCAAAAGACUACAGUUCCUUCACAGAGUGUCUCUAGAACUGAGCCUCCUUCACACGACUGACCUGGGAAAUUACCAAAAGGAAUUGUCCUUACUCGACUCACUUAGUAACUUGUCUAAUCACUGGGACAUUGACGUAUCGAUGUUAAGAAAAAAUGAUACAUCGUCGCAGAAAUUAACUAGUUGAUAUUAGGUUUAUUUUGUAUAUAUUGUACAUUUUACGAUUUGUAUCUAUGUUGUUUAUUUAUAGAGCCUGAAAGAGCUGAAUAAAAAUGUUACGAUAAAA